AUGGGACUCGACGACGAUAUCUCUACUCAAAACGGCCUUCUCUCUGCGACCUGCCCCUCGUCCACCUACCACAACUACCAGCCAUGUUCCAUCCCCCGACUCACGUUCACGGACGUUUCUUACAAAUUCCCGCACCCACCCAUUCCAACUCCCUCUUCCCUUUGUUCUUGCGCCUCUCCCACCUCAUCCGCCUCGUCUUCAGAUUCGAGCCCGUGUUCGCGGUUCAGCACAUUGCCACCUACACCGUCAACGUCAGACGACGAGUUCGCGCUCCCGUCUCCGCGGUUCAAUCCCCGCCGAGCAGCCAUUAAGCCACUUGUUAUCGCCAAGCACAAUGGCUCCCCGUCAAUGUCUCCGUCUCCGUCUCCAUUCAACGAUAGCGAAUGCCCCAUUUCCGCAACCAUUCAAAAUUUCAAUGGAACGGCCCAUCCCACUUUCCCCAUCAAAGAGUCGUUCUACGAAUCCGAUGAAGGCGAAUCCGAUUCAGAGUGGUACAACAAAGAAUUCUCUAAAAUCCUCACCCUCCCCUCUUCUCCCACCACACAUCAAAAGCCGUCACGCCCCGAAUCGAUGUUCGUACCUCAUCACUCGGUUCGUUAUUCCAAGCCGCUCCUUCUUACACCAUGUACCACUUCCCCAGUUUCCCCUGCCUUUUCUUCCAAGCGACAAAGUAGGAGAAGCUUCAUUCCGAAUUACCCAUCACCACCCAUCCCAACUCUCAUCCGCACCUCUUCUGCAUCUUCUUCUACAUCUUCUUCAAGCAAGAUGAACCAUAUCUCAUCACCCUUCCCUACCUCACCUAAAUCGUUCCACUCCCGUGCACCAUACACCCCCGCCUCAUCAUCAUCUCGCAGACCACCGCCACGUUCCAGCAUACCGGCAGAUUGUGGCUACUUCGAGACGGACGAUCAGGGUUCGGUGUUCUCACUUUCGCUAUACGAGGAUGAUAUAGAGAUGGACAUGGACUUGAGGAGUGCCUGUUCAUUUUCGUCUGAAUCGGACGACUUUCGGUUCGAUGUGGAGAUGGAUUUGCACGUCGAAGGGGAAGAGGGGGCUGAUGAAUAUCCCCCUUCGCUCCCUUCAAGCCCCAACAGCGCCGACUUGGACAUCGCCACCUCUUUUGAACACACUCCCACCUCCUCACCCUCGCCCAGCCCGAUGUUAAAAUCGAAAUGGUCCUCUUCGACGAUCGGUUCGAUUCGGGAGGAACAUGAACGGAGGGGACCUUCUGCGAAGUUGAGGUUGUACUUUGGGGGGGGGGGGGGGGGUGCUGGGAAGAGGGGGAGUAAGAACUCUUCCAAUAAGGUGGUGCCGCAGACGCCGAAGAGUCCUGCUUCUUCCACGAUGACGAAGAGUUCUAGCCCCCGUGGAUAUGGAUAUGGGCAUGGCCGUCACUCGAGCUGUGAAUCGGACGUUAUGAUCAUUGGGUACGGGCAUGGGCAUGGAGUGAGGAGACGGGGGAGUGUUACGCCUACAGUUAGUGAUGCAGGGAGCGAUGAUAGUGCGUUGAGUUGCGCUAGCAGUGGGUUGAGGAGGAAACCUAUUCCUUUGAUGCUUCUCUCUGGGUCGGCUUGA